CUCGUUGUCGGAACCAUUAUGACAUCACAUAACAUUAUGACAUCACACUCGGUGCCUAUAAAAGGCUCAGCCAGAUGAAACCGGUAUCAUUUGACUAAUCUGAACGCUUGGCUUUGGUUGACUCCGAACGCUACUGACAGAUUACCAAGUGAAUUUUGCAGACUUUCAAAAAGUUCGCAACUUUAAACUGCUCGACGCACUGUGUACGGACAGACAGUUUACUUAGAUUCCUCUGUGAACCGAGUCUAAGCACAGUUAAGUCUUUCAGUUUUUCUUCAACAUCAUGUUUCGUCCUGUAACACCAUUGUCUGACAAGGACAUGGAAGGAGCAGAUGUUGAAAACAUGGAUUUUAUUAAGCCGAAUGCUGUGCCGAACUUUGACGAUGUCCUUGAUAUUGGACUUUCGUCACAAGUCGGGCGCGCUGCCGGUUGUUUUAAUCCAUGUGGAGGAGAGGAGGCGAAACGCCAAAGAGUGUUUGGAGGAGAGAUGGAUUCAUUCCUACCGAAUGCUGUGUUGACCUAUGACUUUGUCCCUGACAUCGGACUUUCGUCAGAGGUCGGAUGCGCUGCCGGUGGUUUGAAUCCAAGUGGAGGAGUAGAGGAGAAAAUCCCAACAAUGUUGGGAUGGAGAUGUGAUGAUGGAGGAAUGGAUUUUGUCCUUCCUAGUGCUGUCCCUGACAUUGUCCCGAACAACGGACAUUUGUUAGACAGACGUGCCGGUAGUGCACAUCCACGAGGUGGAGUAAAGGAGUUUACUCCUGCAUUUGAGGAGGCGAACAGCCCCACAGAAAAAUGCGAGAAUAAAAUCUUGACAUCAAUAAAGAAGGCGUGGAACAAUUUUAUGCACCCAGUCCUUCAUAAUGAUAAAGUGGAAACACUGAUUCCUUCAGAGCUUAAUGCUGAUUUAGCUAAUCCUACUCUAAAGGAUGAUGCUGGUCUGGCCAGCUCUGAAUUAAAAACUAAGAUCAAACCGGACAAACGAAAGGCAUUCUUUGGCUGUCUCUGGAGGGGCAAGGUGGAGUCAGUGCCGACUCCACAGCUUACAGCGGAUCCAGCUAUCCCUGAUGUUAGGGAAGUUGUUGAUCUUGCAUCACAGUCAAAGGCCGACGUUGGUCCGAAGAAAAAGAAACAAAAGGCUUCAAAGAGCCGCAAAUCUAACCUCCAGGGGAAAAAAGUGACUGUUGUGCCAACUCAACAGCCCAAGGCCAUUUCAGAUAUUCCUGUUGGCAUGGAUGUUCCUGAUCUGGCCGGCCCCCAAUCAAAAACAAAGAUUCGUCCGGAUGAACGCAAGACAUGGACGCAACGCAUCCUUGGAUGCUUCCAGAGGGGCAAAGUGGAGUCAAUGCCGACUUCACAGAUUGAAGCCGAUCCAGCUAUCCCUGAUGCCAGGGAAGUUAGAGAUCUGGCGGAUUCUCAAUCAAAGAGUGUUGGCUUAAAGAAACAAAAACAAAAGGCUUCAAAGAGCCGCUUAUUUCACAACCCUUUGAGUAAAAAAGGGAAGAGUAAAGUGAAAAAAGAUGCCGAUCCAGCUAUUCCUGAUGCCAUGGAUGGUGCUGAUCUGGCCAGUUUUGGUGACACCGCUGCAGCUAAUGCCAGGCUACAGAAGAUAGGUGCCAUUCCAGAGAAUAUCGGGUUAAAAGGUGGCGGAAAUCCCGACCCAAAUAAAGCAAAAAAUCCUGGGUCAAAAGAUGCUGGAAAUCCUGAGGCAGAAGAUGGUAGAAAUCCCAGGGCCAAAAGAUUUAGGAAAUCCCAGACAUUUUAGGUUUUUUCAUGAAAGUGUAGUAGAAAUCCCAGAAAAUCCUGACCCAAAUUCAGCUAAAAGUCCUGGACCAAAAGAAGAUCCUGGGGCAAAAGCUACUAAAAAUCCCACACAUUUUAUUUUUGUUCAUCAAAGUGUA